AUGUCGGGUCAGACGCUCACGGACCGCAUCGCCGCGGCCCAGUACCAGCUAACGGGUUCGGAUAUGGCUCGGGCCGUAUGCAAGGCCACCACGCACGAAGUGAUGGCGCCCAAGAAGAAGCACCUGGAAUACCUGGUGUCGGCCACCAACACCACCAACGUGAACAUCCCCCAAAUGGCCGACACGCUUUUUGAGCGGGCCACUAACGCCAGCUGGGUGGUGGUCUUCAAGGCCCUCGUCACCACUCACCACAUGUGUGUGCACGGGAACGAGAGGUUCAUCCAGUACUUGGCCUCCAGGACUUCGCUGUUCAACCUCAGCAACUUCAUCGACAAAACCGGAUCUCACGGCUACGACAUGUCUACAUUCAUCAGACGGUACGGCCGCUACCUGAAUGAGAAAGCCUUCGCCUACCGUCAGAUGGCUUUUGACUUCACUAGAGUCAAGAAGGGGGCUGAUGGCGUAAUGAGGACCAUGACCACAGAGAAGCUCUUGAAGGGCAUGCCCGUCCUGCAGACCGAGAUUGACACGCUCCUCGAGUUUGACGUUCAUCCCAAGGAGCUGAACAACGGCAUCAUCAACGCAGCUUUCUUGCUGCUUUUCAAGGACUUGGUCAAACUCUUCGCCUCCUACAAUGACGGCAUCAUUAACAUGUUAGAGAAAUACUUCAAGAUGAAAAAGAGCGACUGCAAGGAGGCAUUGGAGAUCUACAAGCGGUUCCUGACUCGAGUGACAAAAAUUGGCGAGUUCAUGAAGCUGGCCGAGACCGUCGGAGUCGACAAAAAUGACAUUCCCGACAUCAAUUAUGCCCCCAGCAGUAUCCUGGAAUCCCUGGAAACACACAUGAAUGGCCUUGAGGACGUCAAGGGUGGAAAGAAGGGUGAAGGGUCUCCAACUAAGGGUUCUCCUACAAACAACGUGUCUCCAACUUCCACUCCGGCCAAAUCCUCAAACGCCGUCCCCACACUGCAGCCUCCGCCUGGGGAAAGCGCCGCUGCCGCCGCUCCUGCUGCACCCGAGCCUGCGGAAGAUUCCUUGCUGGACCUGGAUCCUCUAUCCUCUUCUGGUCCACCAGCAGCAUCUGCCGGCACCACGUCCUGGGGAGAUCUCCUUGGAUCAGAAAUGGGCGAUUCCUUGCUAGCCGAGCCCGCCCUGGCAGCGGAGGCCGCUGCCCCCUCCCCCACCGCAUCUACGCCCGCCCCCGCGGCGCCAGAAGCCGGAGUCCCACUAGUUCCUCCCACUAGCACGGCGGGCGCUACCUCCCCUGGCGCCACCAAUAUGGAUCUGUUAGGAGACACCUUCGCCACCCCUGCCGCCACGGCCACUGAAACCCCAGCAGCUGAGGGUGCAGCCGCCGCGCCAAACGCCGCACUGGUUGCCGGAGCCACUGCCGGAGCUGCGGAUUUAUUCAACUCCUCAGCCAUCCCACCCAUCCAUUCCUCUGCACCCCCACCCAAAAUUGACAACAGGGACAUCAUGAGCCUGUUUUGUGAGUCCGCCGGAGGAGGAGAUGCCCCGGCAGCAGCCGGCACCGCUCCUGGAGCAGAACUCGCUUCAGCAUUUGACGGGCUAGGGGACGUAAUGAAGCCCUCCCUGACCCCCCAGGCGGGCGAUGUUGACACCUCCAUGGCUAAUAUGGCGAGUAAUCUGACGAUGGGAUCCCCAGCGGCCCCUCAGGUAGCUCCCCCGAGUUGGGGUGCCCCCAUGCAAGCACCCAUGGGUGUCCCUCCGUUUAUGGGGACUCACCCAGGCUACAGCAUGCCCGGGGCACCGUGUGUUAGCGCUCCCAUGAUGCCUUUGGUUAGGCCGGGCUUCCCCGCCACUGGCGCCCCGAUGUCUCCAGGAGUGACCCAGAGCCCUAGAAAGCCUCCUCCGCCCAGGAACGCUCUGGAUGACCUUAACAUUAAGGACUUCAUGUAG